GAGGAGAUCCUGACAGGAAAUGAUAUUUUGCAGGCUCGGAUAGCCAGAAAUAGUGGCUCUACUGGUGGCUUUCCUGAUAAUGAUGAACAUGUUCCUGUAAUUGUGAAGCAUUUGGAUUCAGAAUCUGUAGGAGUUGUCUCCACUGAUCAGUCUAACCAAUCCACAGAGACAAUAAUUCAACAAUCUGCAGACGUAGAGCAAAGUCAUUUCCGAAUUUUUGCUGCAGUUGUGGCCUUCUUUGUGACCUUAUUUGCUUUCUUCCGAUCAGCAACGCUGAAAAUUUCUCGAGAAGUUCCCAUGUUUAUUUUGAAUUUUGCCCGCAACCUUCAUGAUAUCCUUGGACCAGAUUUUAAAGAGAAUUUGCAACAACCGUCAGUGAGUCCAGACAUGACAGAGACAGAAUUUCGCUUAGUUACACUCAGAAGGCUCAGUGAUCUUGAAGAGAAUGUAAAAACAUUACAGACAAAGCCAAUGCAAAUGCCUUCUGAGAAAGAGGAGUUGCUAAAUGCUGCAAUAUAUCGUGUGGAUGCUCUGGAAGCAGAAUUGAUUGCAACCAAAAAGGCAUUACAUGAAGCUUUGAUGAGGCAGGAAGAUUUGCUUGCAUACUUUGACGCACAAGAAUCUGCUAGAUUCCGGGGGAGAAGGUUCUGCUGGUGAAGAAAGGGUUGCUGUUUACAGGGAGAAACUUGCCAAAUAUUCUUUGGGUCUCUUUCUCGGCGUUGUGUAUUGGGGUAGAGUUUUUAAUUAACAGAGGAUCCUCCUGUAUUUUCUGUACAGUAUAGAGUUUCAUAUUUUUCUCCUGAGGUUAAUAUUAAAAGAAAUGAGAGAAAAGUUAGUACUCGCA